AUGGCGCAUUUCUCAUUGGAGCGUGUGUUAUCUCCUGUGCCGACGUCUGCAUUUCCCGCUGUUUCAGAAAUUCUUUCCUCGAUACCCUCGCACCUUUGCCCUCCAUUUUUGCAGAAAGUGCUGGAAACAAAGCAUGAAGUGAAUCUAAGCCUGAAGCAAGUGGAGAACGUUUUGUGGAAAAUCGAAACCUUCUUGCCCUGCAUGGUGAGUGUGUCUCAUCCGUUGGGACAAAACCCGUUCCAGUUAAAGAAGUACCAGGAGCUUGUCCCAGAUGUUCCCACCGUCUGCGUGCCGUCUCUGGUAACGUCAUGCACUUGCUGUGGUGGUGCCUUAGAGGACAAGGCAGGUAGAUCUUCUUCCCGCUUAGUGAACAAUUUGCGUGGAAGUGAUGAGAUGGACAAUCGUUUCCUGAUUUUCACUCAAGCAGCUGGUGUUCUCUUUGCGGAGUUCAAGGAAGGGUUUUGCUCUGCUUGUCGGUUGUAUUUUCUUGGUUGCUGGCAAUAUGAGAAAAAGGCUGGGGCCUUUCAUCACAUGGACAAGCUGCACUGCUGCGGGUUACAGGCGGAUGUGGAUGUGUUUGUCGUCCCUCGUUAUCGAAGCUUCUUCGCCGUUGAAAUCGGCUUGCUGCAUUCAAUCACAGAUGAAAUUUCCCAUAGCGGCGCGACCUUUUCCUCUGCUGUGCUGCGAUGGGUGAAGCAACACCCAGAAGAGGGCCAAGUUCGACUGCUGCAAGGAAAGGACCUGACCAUGCUAGAGCGUUGCCGCAAACGGUUAGAAGAGGACUUAGAUAGCUUUGAGGCUUCCUUGUCCCAAGUUCUACCUCAUUUGCGGAAGCAAAGGCUGAACAAAGUUGCGGAGCACAUCCACAGCUGCCCCAUAUGUCAGCAAUGUGUGUGGAUUUUGUUGGAUGGAAAGCAGGGUGCUCGGCGAUUCAUCUGCGCCGGUCUAGAGGGUCAUCGAACAUUUGCAGAUCUAGGGGUGUCAAUUUACACUGGAUGCAUGAAUCACGCUGGGCCCAACGAUGUCUUUUGCAAGCGUUGUCGCCCAAGCAGUUUGCUGCAGAGCGCUUUGAUUCCACAAGAAAAAGUGCUACAAGUCGAAACUUGUCCAUCUGAAGACGGUUUGUCAGUGGAGACUUGGUACUUGGUCCGUUGCAAGUGUCCACAGAAUGGCAUCUUCGAAGCACCUUUGCCCCGCAAGGAAGUGCGCGCAGAUCUACUGGCAGAGUUCGAGAAAGGGGCCUUGCCAAAAAAGCGAGAUCAUGGUAACCUGCGUACUCAAUUUCGCUGGCUGAAGAGUGCUCGCAUGGUUCGUCAAGCUGCCUUGAAGCGCGCUGGGCCAUGCAAGCCAGCGCGCCGUGGAAGAGCCAGCAAGAAGGAGGAGGUCAAAAAGCUUCCGGGCGGAUGGCUGUCGCAGGCGUAUGUCGCAUUCCUCCGCGACACUGACAAGUCUACAGAUGGCAGUGAGCUUGCUGAGUGCGGUAUUGAUAAGGAGAAGAAAACUUUGAAGCGCAGGCGAUGCACAGGUGGCAUUUUAACUGCUACCCUUUCCUGUGGUCAGCUGGUGGAUUGGCUAGAAUUACCUCGUGGAGAAGCCCUCGAUGUAGUGUACACCUUUGUUCUGGAUGUGAUUAAAGAGCUCUCCACCCGGCAAGUGCAGGUGAAGUGCGUAGGGUAUGACAACGCCUGCCGGCUCCUUGCAAUGGCUGAGCGUUGUGAGAAUUUGUGCAGCCCAUGGACCAACAAAGUGACGGAGUGUCGAAUUGUCUUGGAUAGGUUCCACAAGGAAACCACUCUUGGUGUCUUUGUCAUCGCCCGCAGGUGGAUCCAGGUCAUCCAGACAACAUUCCUUUGCUGCAGUUUCGCAACUCGGAGAGCUGUGAGCAGUUGA